GAGACGUGGCAGUGCGCGGUCCGCACCGACCGGAAAGCGGGAGGUGGCGGGGCGGAGGGUCGGAGCCAUGGCUGCCAAGGCAGCGGGCGAGGGCCGCUGGGAGGUGGUGAAGAAGGGACGGCGGCCUGGGGCCGGCGGCGGUGGGCGCGGCGGCCGGGACCGCCGGGCGCUCGGGGAGGCGAACGGAAUGUGGAAAUACGACCUGACCCCUCCAAUCCAGACCACAAGCACCCUUUAUGAGCGGGGCUUUGAGAAAAUCAUGAAGCGACAGAAUAAGGAACAGGUUCCGCCUCCUGCUGUGGAGCCUAAGAAGCCAGCAAAUAAGAAGCAGCCAAAGAAGGUGGCAACCGUCACCAGCCACAGCCAGAAGCAGGGCUGCUUCCGUACCCUGGAGGAGGCGCUGAAAGCGCUGGAUGUGGCGGCUCUGCAGAAGGAACUGGACAAGAGCCAGAGCGUGUUCACUGGGAACCCUUCCGUGUGGUUGAAGGACCUGGCGAGCUAUCUCAACUACAAGCUCCAGGCUCCUCGGAGUGAACCCACACUCAGCCAUCAUCCUCAUGAUUAUCCCUACAGUCUGGUGAGCCGGGAGCUUCGUGGGAUUGUCCGAGGCCUCCUGACGAAGGCAGCAACAUCUCUGGAGCUCUUUUUUGACCACUGUCUAUUCAUGAUGCUGCAAGAGCUGGAUAAGACGCCAGGGGAGUCACUACACGGUUACCGCAUCUGUAUCCAGGCCAUUCUGCAGGACAAGCCCAAGAUUGUCACCACAAACCUGGGCAAGUUCCUGGAACUGUUGAGGUCCCACCAGAGCCGCCCAGCAAAGUGCCUGACCAUCAUGUGGGCCGUGGGGCAAGCAGGUUUUGCCAGCCUCACUGAGGGAUUGAAAGUGUGGCUGGGGAUCAUGCUGCCUGUGCUGGGCAUCAAGUCUCUGUCUUCCUUUGCCAUCGCAUACCUGGAUCGGCUGCUCCAGAUGCACCCCAACCUUACCAGGGGCUUUGGCACCAUUGGCCCCAAGGACUUAUUCCCACUCCUGGACUUCGCCUAUAUGCCCAACAACUCCCUGACACCCAGCCUGCAGGAGCAGCUGCGUCAGCUCUACCCCCGACUGAAGGUGCUGGCAUUUGGAGCGAAGCCAGAAUCCACCCUGCACAUCUACUUCCCUUCCUUCCUGUCCAGAGUCACCCCCAGCUGUCCCUGUGAGAUGAAGAAAGAGCUCCUGGGCAGCCUGAUCCAGUGCCUGACUGUGGACCCCCUCAGCACCAACGUCUGGAGGCAGCUCUACCCCAAGCACCUAUCCCAGUCCAGCCUGCUGCUGGAGCACCUGCUCAGGUCCUGGGAGCAGAUCCCCAAGAAGAUGCACGUGUCUUUGGAAGAAAUCAUUCAGUCCUUCAAGCUUACCAACCAGGAGCUGCUGAAGAGGGGCAGCGGGAACACCCAGCAAGUGGCCACCUGUGACACAGCCUGUGAGGGCUUGCUGCAGCAGGCCCGGGGGCCACAGCCACUCUGGACCUGGCUGCUGCUGUUGCUGCCUGUCCUUGCUGUGGGUCUCCUGUGCCGCGACGUCUGGUCACAUGGCUCCUUCCAGGCCUCCUUCACCGGCCGGGUGCUGCAGUCGUCUGGUCUCUUGCCUGCUGGCCAGCAAGUGUGUGCCAAGCUCCACUCUUCCGGCCUGCAGGCCUACAGCUGGUUAGAAGAGACAUUGCCAGCCUGCAGCUCCUACCUGCUUACUGUGGUGUCGCCCAGCUUGCAACUGGCCUGGGCCCACACCAAUUCCACAGUCAGCUUCCUUUCUGCCCACUGUGCCUCCCACCUGGCCUGGUUCAGUGACAGCCUCUCCAGUGUCUCUCAGAGGAUCCAGCUCCCUGAUGCUCUGCACCAGGGGCUGCAUUACCUGAGGGAGCUGCUCCUGCUUCUGUACCACAGUGUGCUGCUGCCCGCCUGGCACCUGCUGCUUGAGGGCCUGGCCCGGGCCCAGGAGCACUGCCACGAGGUGUGCAGAGGUGAGGUGACCUGGGAUUGCAUGAAGAUACAGCUCAGCGAGGCUGCCCACUGGACCUGGCUCUGCCUACAGGACAUCACAGUGGCUUUCUUGGACUGGGCACUCACCAUGAUAUCCCAGCAAUAGGCCCUGCUGCCCAGGCAUGGGUCCCUGUCCUAGGCAAGCCAGCUGAGACUGUGGGGGAUGAAGGGUGCAGCUCUCUGUUAUUUGGUACCUGAGUUCCAUCUCUAUCCCAGUUCUUCCAUUGUGAGUGGGCGGUUGGCCAGAGGUCUCAGCCUCCCACCCACAAGUCCACUGGAUACUUCUCAGGCCCAGGUGUGCGGCUCCCAGCCUCGGUGCUACGGCAGCAGCCUCUCUCAAGUCCUCUUUUGCCUCCUGCUCUCCACUUCCCUCUGUCUCAUUCCUGAAGCCCCAGCAGCUCAUCUCCAAAACGAUGAGACUCAGCAGAUUUAUUAGCCACCUCUUCUAAUUCUUGGUCAUAAAUUUAGCCACAGCAGAAAAAGGAAGGGACCUCCAGAAGGAUCCAGCACAACAGUGGCCAACAGCAGCUUCCCCUCUACCCUUCUGCCUGACUGGACAUAGGUCCAGGUGGAAAUGCAAUACCUCAAACACCCAGGACAGGCCCUGCAGGGACCUCGCUGUCCCCCUCCGUCAAGAGGCCUGCUUCAACUCCCCUUUGCCCUCAGGAGGGCCCUGCCGAAAGGCCCCAAUGUCCACCUGGAGAGCACAGCCCGUCACUGUCCUCAGGCCACCAGAGCCCCCAUCAGCCUGCUGGGGCCUGGAGUCAGCAUAUGGCAGGGGUGGGGGGUCUGAGUGGAAUAAAGGGCACAGAUUGGAUUCCUAGCUUGCCUCUGCAUCCUGUCCAGUUCCCAUGGCUGUGGGACAGGAUGCAGAGUGGACCGGAGCCCUCCUGGGGUCAUAGGCCCGGGUACAGUUGAGCUGCUGGCAGGGAAACCCACAUCCAUCAUUCAAAACCGGAUACCUUCUGCUCCCCUAAUUAUCACUUAAAACUGGUUUGUGUUCCAAGAUUUGCCUGGAGAGCUGGAGUGUUUUGUUUUGUUUUUUGAGACAGGGUCUUACCAUGUGUUCCAGGCUGGCCUUCAGCUUUGUAGCCCAGGCUGUCCUCAAACUCGUGGUGAUCCUCCUGCCUCAGCCUUCCAGGUGCUGGGAUUAUAGGCAUGCACCAUCACACCUGGCAACUUGAAUGUCUUACGAUUGAAAAGCAGGGGCCAGGAGUCUUCUAAGGGAAUUCUUGGCCAGACCUUAAUUUAAUGGUUCAUUUUAUAAGGCAGUAAGUAAAAGAACUCCCAGGAGACACGAGUCCAGGGCUUGUCACCCUGCCCUUAGUUUUGGAUUGAGACAGAAGUAGUAACUGCUGUCGUUUCAGUUCUCACCCCAGUUUUCCCUCCUGGAAUGUCUCAAGUAAGCAGUGCCAUGCGCUGCUACCCGGCUCCCUCAGAAACCCAUGGCAAAAAGCAGAGCCUGUGGCCUGUUACCACUUUCCCCUCCUGGCAUCCGCCGAAACACCCCAUUUCCAGCAGCAAGAUUAGAGACAUCUUGGCCCAAAGUAAGACUGUGAAGCCUGGCAUCUGAUGCUUUUUUUGUUUGUGUUUUGAAACAAGCUCUCACUUUGUAGUUCAGGCUGACCUCAAAUUCAGUGAUCCUCCUGCCUCAGCCUCCUGAGUGCUGGGAUUACAGGUGCAAUUUAAGCCCAGCCUGGACAAUUUAGUGAGGUCUGUCUCAAAAGAAAAAUAGGGGUAAGGAUGCAGCUCAGUGCAAAGGCCCUAGGUUCAAUUUCUAAUACAACAAAAAUUAUUCCGUAAUGUAUGUGCUCAAAUAUUAAGAAAAAAGAUACAUCCCACCACCGUGGUGUGUGCCACCAUGCCCGACUUGGCUUCUCGUGCUUUUGUUCCCCUUCUUGGAAAGUAAGUAGCCCAUGCUGGGAGACCCCUUGCUGUCCUAGUGGCAGUUGGCCAAUAACGGUCCUUCACAGGGAGAAGCCCAGCCUGGCCCAGGGCAGCCUGUGGACCUGCUAGGCUGGAGUGUCCAUGGGCCCCAGGACAGGUUCCGUUUCCUCUGUCCUCAGCGGUUGGGCACGGACAAGUUCAGCCCUCCCUAGUAAAUCCUUGUAACUGCCCUGUAUUCAGGGCAAAUUAGAGAAAGGGGCUCUGUGAGCCCAAGUUGGCACAGCCCAGGACAAGUAAGAUGGCACUGCUCCAUGCCAAGGUCCCAAGUCUUCGGGGUCCAAAGGUGCUGGGCUGUUUUGAGAAUGGCAUGAAUAUUAGCUUGGCUUCAAAUGUGUGCCCGAGAUUUAUAUUCCUUCUUUAACUUGUUAAGCUGUUAUCCCUGGGUCCAGCAUUUUUCUUUAUCAACUCAAAGUAAUUGAGGACUUCACAGCCUCUCCUAGGGACUCUGACACCUCAAAUGGCUUUAUUUGAUCAUUUUCUGACCCUGGUAUUGGGAUUCUCCAGACUUUGCUGUCAGAGUAAUCCAGCACAGUGCCUGCUGUCCAUUAAAGCAAAGCCAGAUA